AUGUCCGCUCCCUUCGACCGCUUACCAGCGGAUCUUGUGCCCCAGAUAUUCCAGUAUGUGCCCGAGCAAGAUCGUCAUAGCCUUACACUUGUCUGCAAAUCGCUUCAAGCUGAGGCCACCAAGCUUCUCUAUUGCGAUGUCAGCUUCCAGCUCCACUCGUAUAUGGGCUCCCCAAUCACAUUCCGCCUGUUGGCCCUCUUUCUUCGCACGAUCAUGGAUCGUCCCUACCUUGCCGAGCUUAUCAAAGUCCUGAUAGCAUAUGGGCCAAUAUUUCUAUUGCUCCCGAGUAAGGUAAAUAGCCAGGGGAGAAUACGAGUCCGCCAAAUCCUGUCGUCAAAGCAACUGCGCACUCUCAGUGAUCACCUCAUUAGCAUCACAAACCCUGACAGAGGGUUUAUGGAUACUUACGAUAUUGUUGACGUCAUGCUCGCAUUCAUCGUCUCCAAAGCCGUGAAUGUGAACUAUCUCACUCUAUCUAGGAACUUCAUGAACUUUUACACGCCAGAGACUGUUGGACGUUUGAUCGAAUUGCCAGUUGGGACAAGGCUUGCGUUUCAAAAACUCCAGAAGGUUCACCUUGGCAUCAGACAUACCACUGCUCCUACCAAUCGUCCAAUGUUGGAGCUCAUGAACCCACUGUUCAGUCUACCCAACUUCGCGUAUCUUACUUUGUCAGGUCAUGCUAUAUAUUGGACGGAUUACUUCAGUCACAUACAUUCGCGAACAUCGUCAUCACUCACCGAGCUCGUUCUCGCUUAUGGCUCAUCAAUAUCACCGGAGACGGUCUGCCAAGUCCUGCAGUUCACGUCGAAUCUCAAAAAGUUGACCUACGAUACCUACCGAGACGAGCUGAAAGGCAAGAUGCUUCAACUCAAUCAGGCGCUUUUGCUAGUUCGUAAGACUCUCGAAAGUUUCAAGCUCAUGGCAUCGGCUUGCUCGUUCUCUGAAGGCGUCGUAAGUGGUUCCGGGCCUUCUUUGAGUAGCAUGGAAAUGCUUAUGCAUGUGGAACUUCCCCUGUUCAUUGCCCUUGGACGUCAUGAGCUCUCUACGGCGACGCUUGAGCACACCCUUCCAGCAAGCCUCCGCUCCUUGACAUUGGGACGCGGCGGAAUGUCAGGUCCUGACAACAAUCCGGCACACCCAUUCAAACAAACAUACUACAUCGACGAGAUUCUUAGGUUCCUUGAAAACAAGGACACGAGCGCCCUAUCUUUAGAGUGUCGUACUCUCAAAUUGUGCCCCUGCCAGGAGUUUAAGCAUUGCCCGAGGGAGUCACCACUUUCUAUUCCUGAUCGAUCGACACUUGAACUACUCCACAAGACGGCAAGUGAACAAGGUGUCGUCUUCCAGAUUGAAAUCACGGGCUAUGGCGUCCCCGCUGAUUGGAAGGAAAUCAUCCCCAACGAUAUGCCGUACUUAAUGAUUAAGUCUAGCAUCGGCGACCCUAAUGACCCAUAUUAUUAG